AUGUGGCGAUUGCGAAGUUCUCUUGAAGAAUGGGAGAGGAGAAAAACUUAUUUAAUUCGAAGUUUAUUCGAAGACUUGCCUGCUCUUUCUCCGAUCUAUGAACGACAGGAACCGAUUUCUCCAUCUUCCCCGAGCUACUUCCUCAGGCCUGAAAGUCCAUUACCAGAUUUGAUUAUAGAAAUAGAGCCAAGAAAACCAAAUCCACACGAUGACCCCGAUGAGGUUUACGAAAAAUUAGCAAAAGAAAUGAGACGCCUUUAUAAGAGGGACUUCUUAGGCGUCGCAAUCAGUACGAGUAGCUCUGAACUAGAGGAAUUCGAAGAUAAUAGUCCUUGUCCAUAUGUUAGUUCUUCUGUUGAACCAGAAAGUGAACAUGAAUCGCGGGAAGAUAGUGAAUCAAUGAUCAUUUCCGAAAUUGACCAAACAGAUACACAAAUAAAGAGCUCGUCGCAAGAGAGCUCUGAAGCUGAGAUAGUUUCAGAAACAGUUCAUACUCAAGUGGAAAUACAUUCACAGAAUGAUGAAAGCGAACAAAGAAGAUAUGUACCGUUCAGAUUAUUCCAAAGCCUUCAGCCAAUACCCGAGCAUGAUGAACCUAGUUUCAAUGAAUCAAAAACAACUCUGGUACUAGGAUCCAUGGAUGAGCAAGCAAAUAUUGACGUGAAAGAAGCUUCUGUGACAAAAAGUUUUGCAAAAGAUUCAGAUGCAAGUUUUAUACACAGCAGUUUUAGAGACAGUCUUAGUCAUCCUCAUGAAUCACUAGAUAAAUUAAGGCAAGGAAAGGCGUUCACUUCUCUGGGUACGCCAGUAGAACCGAAACAGUCGGAAUCUAUCAGCAGAGAAACAAAACGAACAGAUUUUAGCAUGGAAAUGGAAUCUGAGGAGUAUUCUACAGAUGUAUUACCAUUAGAUCGAGAAUUGGAGUCGCCUGAAAGUACUGCUGCCGAUGAAAAUCUCUCAUUUUUGACAUCAACACCUAGGAGAAAGAGAAAAUCAGAAAAAACUUUAAGUAGUACAGAAAGUGAGCAUAAACGGCGUUCUUUGUCAAUUUCUUCUGCUUUUUCCGAAGUAAGUGCUGCAAACGCUGCCAUACAAACAUCAUUUUCGGAUGGAGAUCCAGAUUGGAGUUUUUUUUGGAGUAAAUUUUUCGUAGGAGCACCUACCGUUUAUAAUAUUUGCUCUUGUGACAAUCAUGUUUGUUCCUAA